CCCUUCUAAAAGUGGGGGCCAUUAUUUGGACGUCUUGAAUUGGGAACAUGUAUGCAACGUACCCUAUGGCUGGUAGCAAGAAAAACAUCAAAGAGACUCUUUUCUUAAAGAAAGGGGCGGUGCUCAUCAGGCGGACCCCGUGUUAUUAAAGAAGAGUCCUGGACAAGUUUUUUUUAUUUUUUUUUGCUUUUUCUUUUUCUUUUUCUUUUUCUUUUUUCUUUUUAAACCCUUCCCAUUCGACAUGCCCGGUUUUCAUCUUUGGACAGUUCUGAGUGGGGCCACCUGAUGGACAGCUUGUAUCUCAAGCUAAUGUGCUAGCCAGCUAUAUAUAACUAGCUUCCGUACGGCUUGCUAUCUGAAUCACUGGACUCCAAGGCCCUUUGCCAACAAGCCUAAGCUCCGGAGAUAAAGACGCACCCACGCAUGGCUGAAAUAGAUGUCUCUGCUGUCCAAAAAGAAGGAGACGGGGCGACAUUCGAGGGAUGGCUAGACAACUUCUCCCCCGACGUAGAACGUGCCGGGAAAGAGCUCUUGCAAUGCUUGAGGAAUCCGCAGAUCAGAGCCAUUUGUGUCAGGGGGUAUGAAGGUUAUGGAAGUUGGAGGAUCGUGGAGUAUGCAGCUCGAAAGUUGAAGGGAUCUGAUCUCUUCGAUGUGCAGAUAAUUGUAAAGCUACCAAAAGAGGAUUGGAGUCCUCGAAAUGUGCAAAGGGAAAUUGCAAACCGCUUGGGGAUAAAGGAGGGUGACGAUGAAGACGGUGAUGUUAAAAAUGAUGUACAGAGGGAAGUCUCGUUUGAAAUCGAUGAAUCGCUCAAGGGAAAGAGGUUCUUGUUAAUACUAGGAGAUGCGACUCGACGCAUUUAUUUAGACGAUGUGGGUGUUGCAAAUAUUAGAAAUACAAAGGUUGUAUACGCUAGCUCCGAAAGGUUGGAAUCAGAGGAGAUCAUUGAAUUUCAAGACUUUUCCAUAGAUGUGUUACGAGAGGAGGCUGUUGCUGUCACUUCUUCUCCCACCAUCGCUGCCUGUUUCACUCCCCAUGUUGUCCUUGACUGCUUCUUCUACCUCCUGUUAUUUUCAGUAAGUUUCGAAAGGAGUUUUGAAAUGGUAUUGCCGACAAGGUAUUGGAUUGCAGAGGGAAUUAUGGUUUUCAGAGAGGGAAUUGAAGAAGAAGAGGAUUUGAUCAUAUUGGAAAAGAAGGUAUAUGCUCUGCUUAUAGAGCUCAAGGCUCGUUCCAUGGUAGAGCAAGUGGAUGCUGAUGUGAGGGUGCCCCCACGUUUAGCUGAAAAAGCUAUAGAUAUGGUCAUGUCGAGUAACAGAAUAGCUUCAACUCAUGGCAAAUUCUGGAUCCAUUAUUCUUCCCUUCCGACAGAGAACAUUGGCGAGUGGGAAGACAUUCAGAGGAUGGCGAUAUGGAAUCUACAACCUAGUGAUGACCUCCCUCUUACUCUUAAAUUCCCCAAACUCUCCACUCUACUGCUCGAAGGUGGUCGUACUCGUACCCUUCCAAACAACUUCGUCUUCGAGCAAAUGCAAGGCCUUCGGGUCCUCAUCCUCUCUUUCUUUAAAAUCAGAUUUCUGCCCCUCUCCAUCUCCUCCUUGCACAAUUUCAGAUUCUUGUCUAUUUAUAGAUGUGAACUUUUAGAGCCUGAGUCUCUCCUCUCUUCCUUGCAAGCUUUGGACAAACUCGAGUUCCUUCAAUUUGAACGUACUCCUCUGAAAUCGAUACCAGAUGAGUGCCUUCAGCACAAGAACAACCUUCGAUCUCUCCAUCUCUCUAACACAGAGACCAGAUCUCUUCCUUCCUCUUUUCCACAGCUGCACAACCUCCAACAACUCUCAAUAACAACUUCCUCAUCUCUAACGGAAAUUCCAGACGCUUUCUUUGAGCGUUUGCCACGGCUUCGGGUUCUCAACUUAGCUCAUGAUGACAAUCUAAAAUCUCUACCACCUUCUCUCUCCAAACUGGUCAAUCUUAGGCAACUCAUAUUAACAGGAUGUUCUUCAUUGAAGAGUAAGUUGCUGCCUCAUUUGCGAAAGCUCUAUGCAGCACUUGAGGUGCUUGACAUAAGCUCUUGUAACUCCAUCGAAGACAUAGAAGAGGUUUCUUCUUCUCUUGGGGCUGUUUUGCCAAACCUCCAAAAGCUUGAUCUGUCUAGAAUUAAGGUCAUUAAGCAAGUCAUCCUAAAAGGUUGCAGAAGCUUAGAAUCCUUACGCUUGUCUGAUCUUACAAGACUUGAUGUGCUUGAUCUUUCAGGCACUCAACUCCAACAGUUGCCUGACGGUAUCAGCACAGCAUCUCAUCUAACGCGGCUGGACAUGCUCCACAUGAACCACAUUCGCAAGAUCAACUGGGAUGACUUGCCUACUGAGCUGGAAGAGCUCAACUUUGGCGACCGUGGAACCUUUAAUUCACCAAAGGAUGAUGAAAAUCCUAGUGAUGAAGGUGGGACACGCAUGAGGAUAUGUAAUUACAAGCUUUUACGGUCCUUAAAACCAUCCUCAGAAGUAUUGAGAGCAAAAUGCUUCUCUCGAUUCCAUAUCCGCAUCUCUCCUUACCAAGAAGAAGAAGAAGAAGGACGAAGAAGAGGUAAAGGUAUCCAUCUCCAGGGAAGGAAGUCCAUAUACGAGGGCAUCAAUUUGAAGACCCAAAAAUGUAAUUUACCUCUUCCUUCAAGUCAUUUCGACAGGCAUCUGGAGAUACAAGGAAGUAAGAGAUGCACAAAUGCUAUUCAAGGGGUUCUCAGGCGUACAGAAUUACUCACUUUGUGGGACAAUGGCUUCAUCCGAGAUCUUGGGGAUGUUGAAAUGCAUGAAGUGAGAGAAUGUCUGGUCAAGAGCUGCGAGCAGAUGGAGAUAUUCUUUGGUGGAAAGAAUCAAUGUUUCGAAUGCUUGGAGAAAAUAUGGAUGUCUGAUCUUGCAAGCAUGAGGAGAGUGUGUGAUGGCAUGGGUAGGAUCAUAAGCUUCCCACUCCUAAAGCACAUAUAUCUGGAGCACUGUCCGAGACUUGUCAAUUUCGUCUCCUCAGGUGUAAGCUUGUUGAGCUUGGAAAAGCUCGAGAUCAGAUUCUGCAAUAGACUAGAGUCACUGUUUCAAGGGGAUGUGGUGGUGGACGGCUCUCUGGAACGGCUGCACACAGUGCAUCUGUGGGAGCUACCGAAGCUGGAUAGAAUUUGCAGCGGCAGGUAUUUGUCGGCAUUGAAGAAGCUAAUAGUGAGGGGAUGUGGGAAGCUGAAGGAGCUUCCGCUUCGAGCCGGCCCCUACAAUGCUAUAAGGGGUGGUGGUGGUGUUCAGGUGGGAGGUGAAAUGGCAUGGUGGGAGAAUCUCAGGUGGGAAGAUGAGAGUAUCAAAGACGACAUCCACUUCAUAGAGUGGCGUCCUCGUACAAGGCGCUGAAGUUUCUCAAUCUUUCUUUGGUGGUGUAAUGGGCGGUCUUGAUUGUCCCUGGAUUUUGAAUUUUUCUUUUCUUUCUUUUUUUUUUUUUUUU